AUGGCAACCCUCGAAGAGUGGACGGAGUAUUUCUACGCAGACAUCAGCGCUCAGCUACGCCUCACGGCGUCAACCAAAGAAUGUUCGAUGGAUUGUAUCUUAGCUUCCAAAUACUCGAUUCUUGCCAAUGAGAGGGAUGCAAUGUUCGUGACGGUUAUACGAGGUGAUUUCGAGGCUGAGACGUGGAGAUUGGUGUGGCAUUACAAACACGGUCAGGCAGGUGGGUGA